AUGGGUGGGGGCAGUGGCCCAGGCGUUCCUGGCUGGGAGCCCAGAGGAGUCUUUUGUAAUCACAACAUGAUCUCGUGUGCUGAGCAGCGAAGCCGGCAGGGAGAGGCCGGCAGAGGCCUGGCUCCAGUGGCUCCAGCGUCCCUCCUGCUUUGGCUCCCCCGGGGCUGCUCUGGAAUUCUCUUCGUACCCGCUGUUGCCAUGCACUCAGCUGGGUCACAUGGGGCCGAGUCCCCGAUGAGUAGGCAGGAAGAGAAGGAUGCCGAGCUGGACCGGAGGAUUGUUGCUCUUCGCAAGAAGAACCAGGCCUUACUACGCAGGUACCAGGAGAUCCAGGAAGACCGUCGGCAGGCAGAGCAGGGGGGCAUGGCUGUGACCACGCCACCAGAGUUCCUCCCAUCUGAUAGCCUCACCGUCACCAUCAGCCAGGUUCCCGGGGGGAAGCGAGUGGUCAGCCGGAACUGGGCAAGGAGCACCCUUGGACCUGGAGCAGCAAAUGAGCUGCUUGAGGGUGAAGAGGCGGAGGACCACAUUGAUACUUUCUGCCUGGGGGAGCGGGUGGAGCUGGCCGUGACCAUGGAAAACAAAGCCGAGGCCAAGCGGAUCGUAAGUGAGAAGCCCACCAGAGCAAGGAACCAGGGGGCAGAAGGGUCACCUGGAGAGGGCUUGGGCCGGAGCUCCUUCAUGCAGAUGGCUGGCGGCUUGGAUUCUGCAGGGAAGGGUGCUCGGGAGCCCCGGAGUCCAGGCAGGGUCCCAGGCUCAGCUCCCCACCGGCCAGUGUGGGGGCCUCUAGAGGUGGGCUGGGACUAUGCCCAGUGGAAGCAGGAGCGGGAGCAGAUUGACCUGGCCCGUCUUGCCCGGCACAGAGAUGCACAGGGUGACUGGCGCCGCCCAUGGGACCUGGACAAAGCCAAGCCCACGCUACAGAACUCCAGCAAGCCUCUGGAAGAGGGCCCCGGCAGGGCAGGCAGCACCAGGGGUCACAGGAGCCACCUGAAGCUACAGCCCCCACCAUUGCCCCCUGAUGGCAAAGGUGGCACUACUCGGGGUGGGCCAUCUAGCAGACCCUCAGUGGCACCGGUCACACGCAGCAAAGCCCGAGGGACGGAGAGGCUGACUGGCAGGGCCCGCAGGUGGGAGACAAAGGAAGACAAGGAGGAGGCACAGAGCCAGGAGGGAAGUCAAAGCACCAACCAGACUCUGAAUGAGAAGGAAAACGCACAGACACAGAGCAGGAUGGAGCAGCAGGGCAGACCCCUGAGUGUCCUGGCAACCAGCCCAGCUCCAGCAUCCCCAGAGGGGCCAAAAGGGGAAUCAGGAACUUCAACAGCCAGUCCGGUCCCUGGCUCUCCACAAAACACUGACUUGGUUCCCCUUGACCUCUCUUUAGGAGGCACCAGUAGCCCCUGGCCUGGGAAGAGUGUGUGUGUGCUCAGUCCAAGGCCUGGGGCCCAGGAGAGUCCUGUGUCCCCAUCUGAUGGUUCCGAGCAGCCGCUGGGGUGGAAUGAUCCCCAGGCUGAGCAGGAAGUCCAGACAUGCUCCGAGCCACAAAGAGGAGCAGGGCCCCUAGAACCCAGAAAAGACAGGUCUGGCAAGGCUGGGGCCCAGCAAAGCCUGGCACCGAGAAGCAGGCCCCCCAGAGGAACUGGCCAAAGAGCGAGGGGCACAGGAGGUGUGAGGACCAGAAGAGGGGGCCCUGGCCCUGCAGGGAGAUGCUGA